GCGCGAGGUGUGCAACAGCUGCUCCAACCUAAGAGUUAUAUUUCGCAAUUGGAGACUGGUGCUGACUGAGCUAGUUACUUUACGCCAAAGUAUCUCGAGUCAUUUGGUACGUUCCAAGACGGCGGGUUGAAAUAUAAUAACCCUGUCCAGCCCGGCCUACGUGAAGUUCGCCGAUUUAAGGUAAUUUAGGUUGCGAUCUGGUGCUUUCAAUUAGGACGGGAUAUCAGCAGAAGCUCUUAUCGCCAGUGGCUUCCAACGUCCGGAACCUGCUACAGGGUGGUGCCCUGGCUCGCGUCUAUCGAGCUUCUAUGCAAUCGUUAUCACUCAACGGCCAACUUAGCUGGGAAGACCAUUGGCAUGGCCUUGAUGAGGAAGAAAAGAAACGGCACUUCCGGCUCAAUUUACCCCUUGUAGGUCAGGAACUUCGGAUUGACGAUGUCGGCAAGAUGCAAUAUCUCCGUGAUCAGAUCUACCAUCACUUAGGCGAUAUGGAGGGUAUUACUAGGGCUUUCAAAGCAGCGUCCUUCUUCUUUGAGCUCAACGGGCCUCUUGUGUUCGAGGGUGCACAUUUCCUUCAUCAGGGAUCUUCGCUUGGGUUCCUAGCCCCGAACGACCUCUGCGAGUUAUGUGGACGAUUUCAGAAGCUGAUUAAGUUCCGCACAAGUCAUCCCUCGGAUCGAGUCAACCUCCAGUUUUCGUUUAGCAGAUUAUUCCGUCGGAGCAUCAGUGGGUUUCCGCAGCCGAUGGAAUGGUUCGUCAAACGGCAGAAACUGAAUGCGAAGUUUGGACUGCCUGGCCAUAGGAGCAGAAACGAGCGAGCUCAAAAUCCGGCCUGCAAUUGUGAGCUCAUGCGUUAUCUUGACAGAUCUGUCAAGCUCUCGGAAAAUAAACGGGCCUUCGGCGUCCAAACGAGAACACAGAAGAAGAGGCGGCGCUUAAGAUGAAGGGAAGUCGAUGUAGCAAGUCUCAUCUCCAAAAGCUAGACCCAAAUCAGUCAGUUGUUUAUUACUCAACUCUGUUACAUGAUGAAUUUUCCGCUCUAUCCCAUCCUGUGAGGCAUU